AUGUCGACGUUGACACUCAAACCGUUCAACCUCCCCCACAAACUCUCCCUUCUGACCAGACGAAAUGUCCCCUUGCACAAACACUUUCAUUUCUCUCCCAUCGCAAAUUUUGAACCCCACCACAGUCAUAUCCCCAAAAAGCCGGCAAAUCUACCCGACAGUCUAGAAUUCUAUCCCGGUCGUUCGUCAAUGCUUCGCUUUGAAGAAUUCCAUCAAUCUACCUUGGCCGAUGAUCUAAUGAUCCUUACAUACAGGGACCCGACAGCUGAACAGAAGUUCAUAGAUAAACGAAAGAUAAAGCCCCUCCCACAAAAAAAAUCGGUGCUGACCAUGGACACGAAUCCCUAUGCAAAGAAUCGUCCUAGGCCUAAAAUCAGGGGCAACAAAAAUAUUGGACCUGUGCCUCCCAGGCAAUCACAUAGGACCGCGCCCGAGUUGGUGAAGAUAGUUGUGCAUUGCAUGAUGAAACAAUCGUUAAUAAGUAAGCAACAUUUAUUGAGCGGGAUCAUGGCGUUGCAAUGUAUCACCUCAGAGCGGCCUACAAUUGUGUAUUCUAAAACCGAUGUCUCAAAAUGGAAGCUGAGAAAGGGUUGUAAGGUACACAUCCAAGGUCCGCCAAUGUAUACCUUUCUAGAUAAAUUGGUAGAAAUUGUAUUACCACGUAUGAAAGAAUGGCACGGUGUGUCAAUCUCAUCUGGCGAUCAAAACGGCAAUAUCGCAAUGGGAUUCCCACCCAGCGCGCUUUCCUUGUUCCCCGACAUCGAGGGUAAUUAUGAUAUGUUCCCUAUGAUGACGGGGUUCCACGUGGUAUUUCAUACUACGGCCUUCACCGACUAUGAAGGAAGAAUUCUUUUGAGCGGGUAUCAGAUUCCUUUCACCCCUGGAAAAAAGAUUAAUCGGACUUUUGAUCAUUGA